CCAACCUCCUCUGAGAUCUCUGCGAAACCAAUCGUCUCUCUCUCUCUCUCUCUCUCUCUCCCGGCGCGGCAAUCGGAUCGAACUCCAUCCUCCGGCGCGUUCGCUCUGGAUAGAACCGUGGCUCCUUCAGGGCCACCGUCGCUUACGAGAAGGAAGUCCGCCCCUGCAGCCGCCGGUUCCAAGUCGUCGUCUUCAGCCCCGACGCGGGUCAUAUACCGCGAGGCCAAGCAGGCUUCCGGCUCCGGUUACCCGUUUUGGCAGCAGACCUGGUUCAUCGGGUUGCUCUUCCUGAUGGCCAUCGGCUUCUUCGCUCUCGCCGUCUUCCUCUUCUUCGGCCUCGAUCUCGAGCAGGGGUCGCCCUCCCCUUCCCACGCCGCCGCUUCCGAAGGAGUCGAGAUUACAUAUGGGUCAGCUAUUAAGCUAAUGCACGAGAAGACGAAGUUUCGGCUGCAUUCGCACGAUGUGCCUUACGGCUCUGGAAGUGGGCAGCAGUCUGUUACUGGAUAUCCUGGUGUUGAUGACGCCAAUAGCUACUGGAUUGUUAGGCCUCAGCCUGGUACCUCUGCUAAACAAGGAGACACCAUAACUAGUGGCACAAUCAUCAGGCUGCAACACAUGAGGACCAGGAAAUGGUUGCACAGUCAUUUGCAUGCUUCCCCAAUUUCAGGGAACCUUGAGGUUAGCUGCUUCGGAGGGGAAUCUGACUCUGAUACUGGUGACUAUUGGAGGCUUAUGAUUGAAGGGAGUGGAAAAACAUGGAGACAAGAUCAAAGAGUUCGGCUCCAACAUGUGGAUACAGGCGGCUACUUGCACAGUCAUGACAAGAAGUACCAGCGGAUUGCUGGGGGACAACAAGAGGUAUGUGGUGUCCGAGAGAAGCGUGCUGAUAACGUGUGGAUGGCAGCUGAGGGCGUGUACCUUCCUGUAACGGAGAAGAAGUAGAAGUAGACCUCGACCUCUCUCUUGUGUUAUCAAGUUGAAAACUCGGUUACUCACUCUCACUAGUAUUACUUUACUAUGUAGAAAUUAGGCAUAAAUUUUGGAUAUUUUUGCUGGGCUGACUGCCUCGCCUUCCAUGUUAAGCGCACUACGGCAGGUUCAACUAAUUGAAUGAGAAAUGUUUCGUCUACUACUUCAGUA